GGGAGGGAGCUCGCGCAUACAUACACAACUACUAUGUAACAGCCACGUAAUAUUCAUUCACGAGGGUUUAUUAUAAUCGACGGAGUUUUUAAAAAUCAGGAUGGCAUUUCCUGUAGAUAUUCUGAAAAAUGUGAAUGAUGAGGCCUUAGAGCUGGCAGCUGAGGAAUACAUGUCUCAGCUCCCCUACAGAAAUACAGAGUACCUCAGCCUAUCUGAUUCCAAACAGAUAGAAAUUGGACUCUGCAAUGUGAGUUUUGUCCCUCUAUAUGGAACAGAUCUACAAAAAAAGCUCCUUGCGUUGUUCUCACCUGAUGGCUCUAACACAGUUGUAGGGCUUUAUUUGCUGGAUCGGUGGUGGGGAGUUGAAGAUGUUCUUAAAACAGCAGAGCCCUCAAGAACAGGCCUGGUCACGGUCAGCACUCUUGGGGAAAGGAUAGUCCUAUAUGUUCUCAACAGAAUUGUGUUGAGAAAUGAGAAGAGCAGUGGAGAAGUUUUCUUUCUCUGUCACUGUGAGGAUGAAGCUGCAAAAAUACUAUGGAAGGAUGGAGAGGCCAUUGGCUUUUACUCAUUCAAACCUAAAGGUAGCUUAUGCAGAAACUUUGUGACCCACUGCUAUCAUCUUCCUGUAAUGGACACAGUAUUUGUCAGGAAGUGUCACCGGGGCCACGGUCAUGGCGUAAAGAUACUGGAAGACUUUGUUGGUAGCUUCUGUAAUGAGUUCAUAGGGUUAAAAUUUCCUCUUUCAGAAGCUAUGUAUAAAGUUUGUGAAAAGUACUUCAGUAUAUAUCCAGCAGACAAGGAGCUUCUGUGGGAAGUACAGAACAUAGGAAGCCCUUACCAGAGAACUCUAAUAGCUAACAGGCUACAGAAGUUGAAGCUAAAGGAGAAGGACCAGGUUGUAAGCAAACUGACUUUUGAGGAAGAUGAUGCCACUGCUCCAAUGGAAAUUGAGAUCACAAAGGUUCAGGAAACCACUGAAUAUACAGAGAUUGUGGAGGAGACCAUCAUAGAUAUCACCAAAGAAGUAGAUGACAUACCUGUCACCAAGCGUGGCAAAGGUAGCAACCUGACACGCAGAGGUAUCCGAGAAAAUUCAGAAGAAAGGCUAACAGAGAACAUAAUGAGGGUGGAAGACAUUGAGGCAGGAGUUGAAAAUUCAACUGAGGUGGCAGCCGUGGAAAAUCUCAACACUUUUUUGGUAAAAGAAUCUGAAACGAUACUCAGGAGCUCAGUAGACACAACUGUGACAAACUUUGCAGAGCUUAGAGGAUCACAGAAAGAGGAUGAACAGGAAAUUGAAAAAGACAUUGUCACAGCUACAUCAGAGGGGACUCCAAUCACUCACCUCACCACAGCUGGGGAAAUAAAGAGCCAAAGAGUCAGUAAAGAGGAAUGUGAAAUGGUUAUUAAGGAAUACACAGUAGAAAUGCAAGGAGCCACUAUAGGGUCUGUUGACCAGAGCCAACUUCAGUCUGUGGUGGAUGUAGAAAUUGUUAAGAUGAGUACAGGAACUGAAGAGAGAAAAAACAAAGAGGUUGAGGAAGAUGAACCUGUGUGUGAGGCAGAGGAGGAGCAAAUAAAAGAAAUGCUCGAUGAAGCUAAAAAGGAAAAAGCUGCAGAGACUGAGGUGGCAGAACACUCAGAGACUCAUGCUAAAUCAACAGAAAAAGAACAAGCAUACUGGGAAGUGGAAAUAACAGAGAACAAAGAAAGAGCAGAAGAUGAAGUUAUGGCAGAAAGUGGAAAGGACCUAAUUGAGAAAAACAGAGAGGACAGCAUAGGCCAAGAGAAAAAUGAAGGAAACGUUGAAGACGCAGUUCUGCAACAGUCUGAAGUCAAAGACCAGAUAGAGAUGGAGGCCGAUUCUGUGACAGAGGUUCUUAGUACUGAAGAGGUCUUAUGUGACCAGCAAAAACAAAAUGUGGCUGAAACAGAAAUCUCUGAACCAAACCAAUCAAUGACAAGCAAGGAUACACUAAUUGAAAAAACAAGUACAAAUAAAUCAGGCCCUGAUGAGGGAGAACCGGUCUUCACCAAGAGCAAAUUACCUCAGAAGAGAACAUCAGCUUUAACUCCUUCAAGGAGGUCCAAAAGACUCAGGUAUCAGCCUGCUGAAAAAGAUCUUAAAACUACAAAGUCUGUGAAAACAGUCCAACAAAGAUCCAAACAUCACAGCAAAGCAGUGAUACAAGACGAAGAUAUUGAACAAUCAACACGUGAACCUGAACAUGAUGUUUCUGAGGUCAUGGAAAAGAUACAAGAAGCUCAAGUUGAAAAUAAAGCAGAAACAGAGUCUGAGGUUGAGGAAUACAAAGAAAAAGACAUACUUACAGUGGAAACUGUAUCUACUAUGGAUGUUGAAAUCACACAGGUUGAGAAAACUGUAGAUGUAGUUCCUGAAGUUUUUGAAUUGGAUGAUCAAGAAGAAGCACCACAACAGUCAUCUGAAGAGGCUCCUGAGGUACAGGAAAUGAAAACAACAUCUGAAGAGGACGAGGAGACAGUGGAGAAUAGCACUAUAAUGUUGACAUUGAGCGAAGCCAAAGUUGUGCUUGUAGAUCUGCACAAACUUUCUCCUAAUGAGGCAGGUGAUAAUCAUGGAGAGAUCUGUACUCCUGAACAAGAGGGAACGAAGCACACCAUGUCAUCUGAGCAACACGCAGCUGAAGAAACUAUGAGAAUAGAGGAACAAGAUGGUACAUUAGACACCAAACCUAUGGAAAAAACAGCAUGUACUACUACAAUAGAAGGAUAUGAUGAAGCAGCUGAUGCCAAGAGAAGUCUAGAGCGAUCAACUGCAUACAAAGAGCAAGAGGGUGAACAAGACCCAGAAAGCACGGAGGUUGUUCUUCUAAGAAUGGUUGGGAAACCAGAGGAGAAAACAGAUACUGAACAAGCUCACAAAGAUGAGCAAAUUUCAGAAAAGUUGUUUCCCAAGCAAGGCAAACAAACUCAGAAGAAAGGCUCUAUCGACACCGCAAGUAGGUCCACAAGACUUGGUGAUCAACCUGUUGACUCCGACAUGACAGUUAGAAGUCUAAGAAGCACUUUGAAACCAAUCAAGAUCAGCCCUGUUAGGAGAUCCACACGUAGCAAAGCAGUUAUUCAACAGUGUGAGCCACAAGUUGAUUCAAAACUCAGGACUGACAAAAACCCAGAGAGGGGUGAAGUUAUUGCAGAGGGUGUAGGUCCAGAGGAGAAUGAAAUUGCAAACACAAAUGUUGAUGAAACUACAAGUGUCAAAUGUGGAAGUUCUGAACUGUUGAAAGCUGCAGAAGUACAUGAUAAAGAGAAAGAACCUCAGAUUACAAAGGCUUCUGAGGAGCCACAAGUUGAUUCAAAACUCAGGACUGAUGAAAACCCUGAGAGGGGUGAAGUUAUUGCAGAGGGUGUAGGUCCAGAGGAGAAUGAAAUUGCAAACACAAAUGUUGAUGAAACUGCAAGUGUUCAAUGUGGAAAUUCUGAACUGUUGAAAGCUGCAGAAGUAGAUGAUAAAGAGAAAGAACCUCAGAUUACAAAGGCUUCUGAGGAGAUCCCAAGCAAAGAAGCAGAAGCUGAGGAGGAUGUAACAGAAAACAGAGUUGAAGACAUCAAAACAAUUGAGAACAAGGAAGCAAAUUUAGCUGGACUAAUUGACAGUGAUAUAGAGAUGAGGAGUCUUUCUCAGGAGGUACAUGUCCAGGACAAGGAGGUGCCAGUCAGCACAGAAAUACAUCUCAGACGUAGAACAAUAAGAGUUCCGUCUCCACUGAGAAGGAAAUCUAGACGUGUACAAAAACAAAAAGCUGAAGCAGAUGAACAACUGGAAAGACACGCAGUGGUAAGCAAGAACAAAGCUGAAACAAUCGUAUUAACGACAGAAGAGAGAGUUGAAGAAAUGGAUAAAGAUGUCAAUAAGAUGGAGAACAAAGAAGCACAUAUAGCUGAGUUGGAGCCGGUGGAAGAACCAAACAUGGGUAGUAAUGAAUAUGAAAAAACUUCAACAACAGAAGAGACUGUGGAUGUCUGUAUACCAAGUAUAACUGGGACCAGUUUGGGAAGUCUUGACGAAAUGGCAAACACAAAUAUUGAGGAAACUACAGUUCCAGAAAGUUCUGAACUAUCUAUGGGUGUAGAGAUAAAUGAUAUUCAGGUUGUCGGUGGUCCUGAAGAGAAGGUCUCACUUGUAGAACCUGGCAAUGAGGGAGAGAAAGAUGGUGGUACUCUAGCAACACAAUUACAAAAAGCCACUGUUGUACUUGUGGAUUUGAACAAACUUUCCCAAAAUACAGAAGGAGAGGGUGAGACUUCAGAAGACCUGACUCAUUCCCAAAUGGAGGAAAAACUUGAACUGAAUGAACCAGAUAAAACCGAACAAGAACUGUCUCAUCUGGCAUCAGAAGAGGAGGAACAACAAGAAGAACUACAAACACAUGAAGACACUGAAAAGAGUCCUGAGGAAGAGAAAAUGCAGGAAGAAAACUCAGAUGAAGAGCAGAACAAACUUGAUAAACAAGACAUGACAUUUGAAGAGCAAAAGACAACUGAAGAUUUGGCCACAAUGCCAGCUGAGGGAGGCCUGGUGGAAAGCAGUACAAUAGAAAACAGUCAGAAUGAGGAUAAAGGGGUGAGCAGUCUUGCUUUGGAGAAUGCUGUUCAAGAAAACUUUGAAGGGUCAGUCAGCACACAGCGAAGUCUUAGACGAAGAACAAUAAUAGUUCAGUCACCACCAAAAAGAAAAUCUAGACGUACACAAAAACAAGAUGCUGAAGUUUUUGAAGAUAAAACUGAAACAGUCCUAAUAACAGAAAAGGAAGCUGAUAAGUUGGGCCAAUGUGUAGAAAUAGAUGAUGAAGAGAAAGCACAUCAAACAUCAACUGUAGAUGGUACUGAGAAGGUGAGCAAACCUGUAGAAGCAGAACCUGAAGACGAUGUAGCAGAUACAGGGCUUGAAGAUGGAGUCAACAAGAUGGAGAACAAGGAAACAAAUUUAGCUGAGACAAAAGACAAAGGUGAGGAGGCAUCUGAGGUGGCAGAACAGACCAGUUUAGAGCAACAGCAAAAUGAGCCAUUGGUUAAAACCAAUGAAGAAACAGCAGAGACAGACAGAUCAAUGGAGACUGACCCAGUGGUUGGCAAAGAGCAAACAUACAUUCAAACAGAGGAGAAAGUCUCACAGGUCUCACUUGUAGAAAUAGAACCUGACGAGGAGGUAGACAAAGAUGAUGGUACUCCAGUAAUACAACUGCAGAAAUCCACAGUAGUACUUGUAGAUUUAAACAAACUUUCCCAAAAUACAGAAGGAGAGACUGACACUUUAGAAGUCUUAACACAUUCCCAGACAGAGGAAAAACUGGAACUGGAUAAACCAAUUAAUAGUGAACAUCAACUAUGUAACCUGGCACCAGAAGAGAAAGAACAGCAAGAACAACUACAAAAAGAGGAAGAUACCGAAAAGACCCCUGAGGAAGACACAAUGGAAAAAGAAAACACAGUUGAAGAACAGAAAAAAGCCAAUGUAGAAGAUGUUACAUUUGAGGGGCAAAAACCAACAGAAGAUUUGGAAGGACAAAAUGAUCUAAAAGCGAAAGAGAUUGUAGAAGUUUGUAGGGCAGUCAUAGAUGAGGAUCUGGAAGAAGUGGUAAUAUCUGGAGAGGAUCCUAAAACAACAACAACAAUAGGUGACAAAGCAAAUAUAAUUCAGGAGGCAGAAAAAGAAAAACAAGCAGACAGUGACAUAGAAAUGAGCAGUGUUGCUCAGGAGGCACCAGAAGCUGUCCAGGAAAUCUUAGAAGAGGAGGCAUCAGUCAGCAUGGAGAGGAGUCUGAGACGUAGAACAAUAAAAAUUCAGUCUCCACCAAGAAGAAAAUCGAGACGUGUACAUAAAUCAGAGGCUGAAGGUUUUGAAGCUAAAACUAGAAACAUCCCAAUAACAGGAAAAGGAGUUGAAGAAAUGCAUAAAGAAGGUGUAAACGUAGAUAAUAAAGAGGAAACACUUCAAAAAUCUACUGCAGAAGCUACUGAAGUCAUCCAGCUUGCAGAAGAGGAACCUGAAGAGGAUGAAAAAGGAUUUGAAGAUAUCAUGAUGGUGAACAAGAAAACAAAUUUAGCUGUGACAAAAGACACAGAGGAGGCACCUGAGAUGGGAGAAGAAACCAAUUUAGAGCAACAGGAAAAUGAGCAAUUGGUUGAAAAUAAAGAAACAGUGGAGACACUGGAGAAUGACCCAGUGGUUAGCAAGGAGCAAACCACCAUCCAAACAGAGAAGUUCUCAGAGGUGGAAAGCACUGAAACCAAUCAAAGUGACAAUGAAAGGAUCACAAGGAGAAGUCUUAGGCUCAGUGCGAAAUCAGUCACACCUUCACAGAAGACCAGACAAUCUACACGUCUCCACAAAGAGUUGGAACCAGUGAAAGAGACAAACAUGAGUAGAAAUGAAUAUGAGGAAACUUCCGUAACAAGAGAAGAAACUGUGAAUUUGUGUAUGCCAAAAAUUACAGUAGAGAGCAACUUGGAAAGUCUUGAUGAAACUGCAAACACAAAUGUUGAAGAAACUACAGCCAUUGAACCUGAGACUUCUGAACUGCUGAUGGGUGUAGAAAUGAAUGAUAAAGAGGACGCCUCUGAAAUUGUAGAAGUCCCACCUAUAGAAGCAGAACCUGAUGAGGAGGUAGAGAAAGAUGAUGGUACUCCAGUAAUACUGCAAGAAGACACACUAGUACUUGCAGAUUUAAACAAACUUUCUCAAAAUACAGAAGAGACUGACACUCCAGAAGUCCUAACACUUUGUCGCUCAGAGGAACAACUGGAACCGUGUGAAUCAGAUAAAAGUGAAUAUGAACUACGUAACCUGACAUCAGAAGAGGAAGAACAAGACAUGACAGUUGAGGGGCGAAUACCAAUAGAUGAUUUGGUAGGACAGAAUGAUGUAAAGGAGAGAGAAAUUGUAGAGGAACAUAAGGUGGUCAUAGAUGAGGAUGUGGAAGAAAGUGUAACAUCUGGAGAGCAUCCAAAAGCAACAACAAUGGAAGACCAAACAAAUAUAACUCAAAAGACAGAAGAUGAUCAAGAUACUUCUUUAAAAGAGAAACAAAUGGAUUGUGAUGUAGAGAUGAGCAGUCUUAGUCAGGAGGCACCAGCAGCUGUCCAGGAAAUCUUAGAAGAGGAGGCAUCAGAGAGAAGUCUAAGGCGUAGAACAAUAAAAAUCCAGUCUACACCAAUAAGGAAGUCUAGACGAGUACAAAAACUAGUGGCUAAUGUUUUUGAAGAUAAAUCUUGGACAGUCCCACUAACUGGAAAAGGAGAUGAAGAAGUGCAUCAAGAAGGAGGAGAAAUAGAUAAGGAGGAAACACUUCAAAAAUCAACUGUAGAAACUGCUGAGAAAGUUGUCUCACUUAGAGAAGGAGAACCUGAUGAGGAUGUUAGACAAGAAAGAUUUGAAGUAAUCAAUAACAUGGAGAACAAGGAAACAAAUUUAGGGAAUGAGGCAACUCCUGAGGUGGAAAGAGAAGAAGUCAAUUUAGAGCGACAGGAAAAUGAGCUGUUUGUUGAAAACGAGAAAGAAACAACUGAAAUAGAAAAACCCAUGAGCAUGAAUGAAGUUUCAUUGGCUGACAAGGAGCAAACAUAUGUUUUCGAGGAGACCACCAUCCAAGUAGAGAAAGAAAUCUCACAGAUGGAAAGCUCUGAAAUCAAUGAAAAUAAAAGUGAAAGGACCACAAGGAGAAGUCUAAGGACCAGUGCACAAUCAGGCACAACUGCACAGAUGAUCAGAAAAUCUACACGUCUCCACAAAGCAGAGUUGGAACCGGUGGAAGAAGCAGAGAUGAGUAGAAAUGAAGAAACUUCUUCAAUGACAGCAAUGAGUGUAAAUGUCUGUGUACCGGUCACAGUAGAGACCAAUGUGGAAAAUCUCGAUGAAGACAGAGAUAUGGUUUCCAUUAGUAAAAAGGUGGAAGCUACUUCAGAUGAGCGAGAGAUAGACAUAUCAAAUGAUAAGGGAAAGGUGGAUGAAGCUUUGCCUGAAAGAUCUACAGGUGAUGAAGAAGAUGAGACUGCAAGCUCAGUUAAGACAUCUGAAAAUGAAAUUCUGGUGGAAAUGGAUAAAACACAAAAAGAUGUAGAGGAGGCAGUUCAGGAGAGCCAAGCAGAGCCUUCACAGGAAAACACAAACCAGGAACAAGAAGAAGCAGUGUCAUUGGAUGAAAACGUGGGGGAAACCAGUCUGACAAAUGAAUAUAAGACAACAUCAUCUGCUUUAGAAAGCUCCGAUCAAGAAGCAGCUUUAUUUACAAGAAGUCUCAGAUUCCGAACAGUAACAGUCCAAUCUACACCAAGAAGUAAAUCAAAACGCCCCCAGAGAAAAGAACUGAAGUCAGAAAGAAAAACAGAUGAAUUAAAUGUCCCUAUUGGGAAGGAGAAUGAGGCAUUAAUUGCGGAGGAGAGCAUUGCUAAAUAUGAAAAUUUGGAGACAACAGAGGGAGAGGCCAUAAUUCAGACAAAUACAGAUGGAAAGUCAGAAAAAUCAGGAAGAAACGAUAAUACUGAGGAGGAAGGAAAUGAAAUUCUGUUUGAAAUCAUAGAAAAUAACAGCAGCUGCCAGGUAAACACUGAGCAGAACAAAACUCAGGAAAAUCUUGAGAGAGAAGAUGUGGAGGUGCCUAAUGAACAGGAGGAGGAACAGGUUUCCAAUGUACAAGAGGAAGCAAAACCACUUCAAGAAAGCAAAAAUGAGGGAGCCACAGAAGAAGUACAAGCAAGUUCUGUUGAUUUGGAGGAAACGGCAGUGGAAAGGAGAACCUUGAGAAAAAGAACGACUGUUGAAACAGCUGCUCCAAGAAAAUCCAAACGUCUUCGUAAACAAGAGCAUGAUGACGACAGCGAGAAAGUCAAGGAGACAAUUACGGGACAAAAUGAGUCAGCAGAAGUGACAUGUACAGCAGACCUUGUAGAGCUGAGAUCAGAUGUAACUGGAGCAGAUUUUGAGGGUAGUAUUUUGGGUGAAGAAAUACUACAGAAAAUCCAGACAAAUGCAGAAGGAACUAAAUCAGAUGGAGAUUGUAAAAUACAUAAAGACACAGAGACAGAUGCAGGUGAAUCUCAAGAGGAGCAAAAACAGAGCAGAUUAAAUAAAACCCAGACAGAAGUGGAUAAUGAAGAGGUUGUGACAGAUGAAAUAGUGAUAGAGCAACAUGUAGAUCUUGAGACUAGUACAAAUGAGGGCUUUAUGUUAGCAUUGGAGGUAGAGGAAACUUCUGAUCAUGAAGAAAUCAAAGCAGAUGAGGAGAGCAGGGUGGUGAUGGAGGCUUCAAAAGAGAUAUUCACAUCUGCAGAAAAAUCAGAGAAAGGUGAAGAAGGUCUUCCCACUGAAAUGCAUGUUCUUCAGAGUAGUUCAACUACAGCUUCAGUCAGACGAAAAUCAAUGAGGCUACUAAUGCAUGAAUCCAAAAAGAAAACUAAGGAGGAUGAAUCAGAUUCUGAAUCAGAAGCACAACAAACUGAGAAACAGACACAUCAGAGGAAAAGAAAAGCCAUAACUGAUUCAACACCUGCACAUGGUUCAAAACGCCAUGUUAGGGGAAGAGUUGUUUAGCAGAUUUGUGGCUCUUGUGUUAGUACAAGCAUCCUAUGCAUUGCUUGAGGGACCAACCAAUUAUAUACAUAAUGUGAAAUUUUCUACUACAUUUUCAUAUUCAAAAUAUUGCUAUAUAUAAACUAUAUUUCGUAUUUUUUUUCUGAAGCAUUAGGGGUUUUAUAAAACAGGUGUUUCUUGAAAUUGGGAUUUACUGGUAAAUUAAGCAUGUUUAAUAUAACAUUUAGAUGAUAAAUGUCUAACUAUAAUAUCUUUAAUUUAGACACAUUUACAGUAGUCAACAUUUGAAGUGGAUCAAAACUUUUCAUUAAAGUUGUCCUAAAACUAAAAAAAUACCCGUUCUUGUCUUAGGACAACUUUGAUGAACUUUUUUUGAUCAACUUUAAAUGUUGACUACUGUAUUUGUUUUUCUAUAUUAUGCAUAGCAAAUUCAGGUUUUUAAUGUAAAGUGCUAUUUUUAUAUAUUCCAUAUUCAUUUUGAUUUUAAAUUCAACAAAUUAAACUAAAUGAAACAUGCAACAGUCCACUGCAUUUAUUUUGGUUCUGGGUUGGAUGCUAAAUUGUUCCUCAUUUUCAGAGUACACAGGUGCAAGUGUUUUGUGUGAAAACAUUUUUUCAUUGUGCAUUAUGUGCUUCCAUAUAUAGUGUCCCUUUCAUAUGUGAGUUUGUGACAUGUUUUCUGACUGCUGUGUCCUAAAUUAUACAGAAUCUGCCACAACUGCCCUUGUUUUUAUUGCCAAGAACACUGUAUAAGUCUUUUGUGAAUCUCACAGCAAUAUAUGUGACCCUGGAUGACAAAACCAGUCAUAAGGGUCAAUUUUUGGAAAUUGAGUUUAGGAUUUUGUUAGAAUAGGACAAUAUUUGAAAAUCUGGCAUCUGAGGGAGCAUUCUCUGGCAUUCUCAAAAUAUUGAGCAAAAUCACUUUUAAAGAUUCAUGGAAGUUCUUAGCAAUGCAUAUUAAUCAAAAAUUAGAUUUUUAUAUAUUUACAGCAGGAAAUUUACAAAAUAUCUUCAUGGAACAUAAUCUUUACUUAAUAUCCUAAUGCUUUUUGGCAUAAAAGAAAUCAAUAAUUUUGACCCAUACAAGAUAUUUUUGGCUAUUACUACAAAUAUGCCUGGACUACUUAAGACUGGUUUUGUGGUCCAGGGUCACAUAUUUUGUAACUGCAUCCUUCAUUUAGCAUUAUUAUCAUAUCUUUUAAGUAGCAAAUGUUUGUGAAUGUGUAAUGCUAUGAGUUUGUUGUUUAUUUUUACACUCAAUUCUUUUAGCAGAGCAGUUUAUGUAGCUUCAUAUUUCAUCAGUGUUGAAAUGCACAAAUAAUUAGUUUUUUUUAGACCUCUGUGACCUGUGAAAAUAUUUCCCUGAACUGUGAUAUGUCAGUCUUUUUUUCUCACUUUCUCUGAAAUGUUUAAAUAAAGCCAUGAAUUAUCAAGGUUA